AUGUCUAUCCAAGUUUGUGCAGCAGCCCAAUCUAAGCCUGAAAUUAUUCAUCGGAGGGCAACUUUCCCACCAAGCAUUUGGGGAGAUCGAAAUUUGGGAAUUUCAACUGAACCGUUGCGUAGAGCACGGCGAGAUGAGUUCAUAGACACGUGGUGGGCUCAAAUCGGAGUUGUAACGAGAGAGAUACGAUCAAAAUAUCCUCAGUGGCAUAACCGUAAUUUUGGCGAAAAGGGUUUGAUAAAAUCUGAUUCUCUCUCUCUCUCUCUCUCUCUCUCUCUCUCUCUCUCUUCGAAACUCCGGCCACGGCUGCGGACGGGACCGGUGCCAAAAGGACCGGCUCAACCCCGACGUCACGACCCGGCCCUUCUCCGACAUCGGCAGCCGCUCCAACCGCCGAAAAAGGCGAUUUUUAGACCGAUUUUCACUCAAACUUUGCCGGCUCCGAUCUCUCUCCUCCGGCCGCCAUUUUUGGCGAUCAAGGGUGUUACACCUAGGGUAGGAGUCUUGAGCCGUAAUUUUGGGUUUUUCCGGCGAUGGGUUAUCGCUUUGGACACCCACGCGCUGGCGGCGCAUGUGGCGGUGCAUGAGCACUGUAGAAAAAAGGCAUUGUGUCCCGAUGUAAUCUUCUGGUCCUCACGAGUGCGUAGGUGUGCUCGGAUUUCAAUUUGGAUACCGUUUGAGUCUCGAACGGAUAUCGCCUAUUGCGCGUUAUCCGGGUUCAAAAGGAUUCGACGGAUCGUAAAAGGGAGUCCCGGAUACUCCGAAAAUGCCAACCCUAGUGCUAGGGUUACAGUAAUCGUCCGAUGGUGCGAUCGUGAGCGAUUCGACCAUCCGAUCCGGUCCAAACUUGCAGGACGUGUGUCCUAA